UAAGCAGCCGCCAUGCCAUCCACAGAGCUGUCGGUCUCUGUUUCUCUUCUCGUGCGACAACACAUCGCUUGUCCUCUAUCUAACACACAAAGACUUAAGCAAGAUAUCUCCAGAUUUUUCACGCGCUGCGUUCUAUUCUCACUAUGGGCUGGUAUGAAAUUACCGACGAUUACAUCAAAGACUCGAAGAUCAACUUCCCAGUGUGUGAAACUCUCCAAGUCAGAGAUGUUUACGGCGGAACACAAAGAACCAUAUAUCGCGUUGAUCAGAGCGGACGUCAAUUUCCAGUGUGGACUGUCAACGAGAACAAUGAAAACGGCGUACUUGCGAUUGUCUCCGCCGACCCCAGAGCGCGGGACCCCGCAGGCAAUGCCGUGGGUAUCAUCAAAUACCACACCAUGUCCUCAAGAACACAAAUCACCCUACGCGGUUCAGAACUGAGCCUGGGGCUUACGGACUACAGCCAUGGACACGAAAUCAACUUCAACGGCUGCAACUACCGAUGGGUUAUGUCCAAAAGUACCAUGUCGACGACCACGCUUUACCUCAAGACCGACGGUAAUCGAAUUUUAGCAAGAUGGUCGGGAAAGCCCGAGGGUCGAGCGGGCGACUCAAGUCCCGUUUUUGAACUGUUUGUCCCGCCUCAAACGCUGGACAUGGAUUUAUUGGUAGUCACUGGUUUGGCGGCUGCAGGGUACUGGAAGAAGGCAGACAGGCUCAGGAGCCCGAUAAGCAAGAUUCUAAAGAUAAUGGGAGGCCUGGGUCCAUAGCAACGUGUGGAAUUGUCCUGGCAGAUCUUAUAGAGCAAAAAGGUGGCAUUGAAGCUCAUCAUUCUUUCUUCGUUUAAUCUUCAAUUAAAUAGACUGUUGCUGAUGCGAG